AUGAUGUAUGAGAGCGUAGAAGUAGUUGGACUCGCUGCUUGCUCAAAUCCGUUUUUAACUAUGGAUUACUAUCAUCAAAACCGCGGAUGUAUUAUCCUGGAUAAAGGCCUCGAGUCUGGAGCUCCCCGUACCUUCGGUGCCUCACACCUAGACCAGCAUUGGAGCAGCACACAUCACUCUGUGGAGACACAGAGUACGAGCUCAGAGGAGACCUUGCCCAGCCCUCCGUCACCCCCACUUCCCCCACGGGUCUACAAGCCCUGUUUUGUCUGCCAGGACAAGUCAUCAGGCUACCACUAUGGUGUCAGUGCAUGUGAGGGCUGCAAGGGUUUCUUCCGGAGAAGUAUUCAAAAGAACAUGGUGUACACCUGCCACAGAGAGAAGAGCUGCACCAUCAACAAAGUCACUCGUAACCGCUGCCAGUACUGUCGCCUACAGAAGUGUCUGGAAGUGGGCAUGUCUAAAGAGUCUGUUCGGAAUGACCGGAACAAGAAGAAGAAGGAGGAGAAAAGUUUGGACUGCUGUGGGAGUUAUGUGCUGAAUCCUGACACAGAGCAGAUGAUUGAGCGUGUGCGUAAAGCUCACCAGGACACCUUCCCCUCUCUCUGCCAGCUGGGCAAGUACACCACAAAUAACAGUGCAGACCACCGGGUGUCUCUGGAUGUGGACCUCUGGGAUAAGUUUAGUGAACUGUCUACUAAGUGCAUCAUUAAAACAGUGGAGUUUGCCAAGCAGCUUCCCGGCUUCACCACGCUGACUAUCGCAGACCAGAUAACCCUGUUAAAGGCUGCCUGCCUCGACAUACUGAUCCUGAGGAUAUGCACACGAUACACGCCUGAUCAGGACACCAUGACCUUCUCUGAUGGCCUGACGCUGAACCGAACUCAAAUGCACAACGCCGGCUUUGGGCCACUCACGGAACUGGUGUUUGCAUUUGCCAAUCAACUUUUGCCACUGGAAAUGGACGAUGCAGAGACUGGACUCCUCAGUGCCAUCUGUCUGCUGUGUGGAGACCGUAAAGAUCUGGAGGAGUCAGAUAAAGUGGAUGUUCUUCAGGAGCCACUGCUGGAGGCUUUGAAGAUCUAUGUGAGGAAGAGAAGGCCUCAUAAGCCACACAUGUUCCCUAAGAUGCUGAUGAAGAUCACUGACCUCAGAAGCAUCAGUGCUAAAGGAGCAGAGCGAGUCAUUACGCUGAAGAUGGAGAUCCCGGGCUCCAUGCCUCCUCUCAUCCAGGAGAUGUUGGAGAACUCGGAGGGCCUGGAUGGCCAAGGCAGCGGGGAAACUCUGGUUGAAGGAGAAGCCCCUAAAGGCAGUUCCUCUCCCAGCCUGUCCUCCAGCUCUGUACAGAGCAGUCCUUCAGCACACUCACCCUAA